GGGAAGGCGGGCUGGGGGAGGGAGGAGGGAGAGAGAGGGAGAGCAGCCUCUAACCCUGGCGCCUCCGCCACCGCCUCCCAGCAGGACUCUGAUCGCGAGCAGCCGCCGAGCGCAGCCCGCGACGGAGGGCGGCCGGUGCCGCUAGCGCGGAGGAGGAGGAGGAGGAGGAAGAGGUCGCCGCCGGAGGAGCCCCGCGGUCCGGUCCGAGCCGCGUCGCUGAGCACGUCUGCCCGGCCGCCAGCAUGAUGCAGAUCUGCGACUCGUACAGCCAGAAGUACUCCCUCUUCAACGCCAUGAACCGCUUCAUCGGCGCCGUCAACAACAUGGACCAGACGGUGAUGGUGCCGAGCCUGCUGCGCGACGUGCCGCUGCUGCUGGAGGAGCUGGACGCGGCGGGCGCCGUGUGCCCGCCCCGGGAUGCUGCCCUGCCGCCCGGCGACCCCGGCGCCUACUUCUCCCGCAGGGACAUGUACAGCCACUACAUGCUGCUCAAGUCCAUCCGCAACGACAUCGAGUGGGGCGUGGUGCAGCCGCCGGCGGGCGAGGAGGCCGCCCGCAAGAAGGACAAGCUGGGCGGCGGGCCCGCCGAGGAGGGCGAGGGGGAGGAGGACCUGGAGCAGCAGUUCCAUUACCACCUCAGCGGACUCCACUCGGUCCUCUCCAAGCUCACCCGCAAGGCCAACGUCCUCACCAACAGAUACAAGCAGGAGAUCGGCGUCAGCAGCUGGGGGCAGUGAGCGCCGGGGGGAGCGGGGAAGGGGCUCCGACCCGGCGGGAGCGGCGCGUCCCCGCCCGGCGCCGCCGCUGCUGCGGUGGCCGAGGGCAGCGCCCCGGGCCGGGCUUCCCUGCGCGCUCCCGAGACUGCAGCAGGUUUUCUACCAACGCACAAGAGAGAGAAAGAAAUGUAAAUUAAUCAAUACUAGUUUAUUAAUUAUUUUGACCCCCUCCGUGUUUUUUUCGUUGUACGGUCCGGGGCGAGCAGUCGCUGUGCCCGCCCCGGCAGGGAGGCUGAGCCCGUGUGGGUACGAGGUGGUGGCAUUGCUGGCUGAUAAGGAGGCUCCACUCAAGCCGAUGAACAUAACGAAACUGGCACAAAAUUGCUUCUGUCACCUCGGAGGGAACCCAGUGAGCUAAGGAACAUCCCUCUGUUGUGGGAGAGAUGGCGGGUCCCAUGGUUGUACAUGUACUGGAGUUUAUUUAAAACUUUUUUACUCAGAUGUAGAGUAUAUUCUAAAAUAAAUGCAAAUGUAUUAACUAAGAGUGACCUAAACUUUUGGUAUGAUUUAUCUUUCUUUAAUUAAAUGAUAUUUUUAACAUCU